GACUUUCUUAAAGGCUCCUCCUCAAGUCUCGCUACUUUCACUUUCAGUACAGGCAAUACGAAGCAGCAGCCAUGGUCACCCUGCAUCUUGUCUUUAUUUUGGGGAUUCUUCAAAGCAAUCUUGUUUUAUCUAUGAAACUCCUUCAAGAUUCCUCAGACAAACAUGUGAAGGAAAACCACAAUUUAUCUCACAGACUAUUCAAAAGACAAGUGCCGUGUAAGGAGGGGGAAUAUUCUACAGGGGAAAUUUGUUGUAAAUUUUGUCACAAAGGAACUCAUGCAGCAUCUGAUUGCACUGAACCACAUGGACAGCCAGUGUGUGAAGAAUGUACCGAAGGGGUGGAUUUCAUGGAUAAAGAAAAUGGUUACCCAAAGUGCCAAAAAUGCCAGAAUUGUGAAUCAGGCGCAGGUAAAGAAGUGAAAGAUCCGUGUACAAUAACCCAAAAUACAGUUUGCAAAUGUAAAAAAGGAUUCUUCGAUUCUAAAGAGAAAUGCAACCCAUGUCAAAGUUGUGACAAUGGAAUUGAUGAGGAAUGUACAUCCACAAACGACACUGUUUGCACAAAUUCUUCAGGUAGAAUCCAUGCAAUAGUGUGGCCAGUAUUAGCAGUUGUCUUUGGAGCAAUAAUUACUUUUUUUGUCUUGAGAAAAUGGCGCAGUAAACGAGGGAGAACGGAACUGCCUAAUAAGUCUUUAUUACCUCUUACGCCGACAUGUCCUUCUCACCUUGAAAACAUUGAAUUGGACAGUCGGCUGUUUGAAAUUGCAAGACUAAUGGGACAGGAGUCCGUUCAAAAAUUGGUGGCAAUUCAUUUGUCAAGAGUAGACAGAGAAGACAUUAAAAGGAAUAAUCCAAGUAAUGCUCGUGAAGAAAAAUAUCAACUACUAGAAAAAUGGUAUAAUGCCCAUGGACGCCAAGGAGCAUUUAAAAUGCUUAUAGAAAACUGUACAAAACUAGAAGCUGAAAAAAUUAUAGAUUUAGUUCCAAACCAAAAUGCAGAGCCGUAAAGUGGUAUAAAACCCCAAAACAUAAUUUGAAUGUGUUGGAGCUUAUCAAUUCUUUCAUGUGUUGAGUGCAUUAGUAUUUUAUUUAUUUUUUAUUUCUUGUACUUUCACCUGGUGAUCCGGCCAGUAAGGGCCCUUUCACACCAGCG